GCGCCGUGUCACACCUCGCACGCACACAGAGACGACGAAGCAAAGCGGAGCACGCACACGGGAAGGGACGGGAGGGGAGGGGAGGGAGGUCACAUCACCCGGCGGCGCGCGAGGAUGUUGGCGGUGUUCGAUCCGACGGUGGCCAAGUGCCCGGAAGGCCUGCGCAGCCCGCCGGUGGCCGGGGGCGGCGCGGCGGCCGGCGGGGCGGGCGCGCUGAUGAAGGGCUUCGCCGGCGCCCACGCCGACGCGGUAACCGUCAGCCUGGGCCCCGCCGGCGCCCUGGCGUACUCGGCGGCCAACCAGAGCCCCCUCGUCCCCAGGCUGUUCGGUGCUGUGAAUGACAUAUUCUGCCUGUUCCAAGGACACAUUGAGAACAUUGCCAGUCUGAAGCAACACUAUGGUCUGAGCAAGACAGCAACUGAGGUUACCAUCCUGAUUGAGGCUUACAGGACCCUCAGGGACAGGGGCCCUCUCCCAGCCAGCCAGGUCGUCAGAGAUCUGAGUGGCAAGUUUGCGUUCAUCCUGUACGACACUGUGUCGAAAUCCACCUUCGUUGCUGCGGAUGCUGAUGGUAGUGUUCCCUUCUUCUGGGGUGUUGACUCCGAGAACCACCUUGUGUUCUCCGACAAUGCCGACCUUCUCAAGACAUUCUGUGGGAACUCAUUCGCGCCAUUCCCCAAAGGCUGCUUCUACACCACCUCCGGAGGACUGCAGAGCUUCGAGCACCCGCUGAACGAGGUGAAGCCCGUGCCGCGGGUCGACAGCCAGGGCCAGAUGUGCGGCUCCAACUACAAGGUCGACAGCGAGGCCAAGAAGGACUCCGGGAUCCCUCGGGUCGGCAGCGCCGCCGACUGGUCCAACCAAUUCUGAGGCAAAUGCAUCAUCCAUCGAGAUGGCUGCCAUUUUACCAUUUCCGGCUGUGAACUUUGCCCCUUGUAUGUCUGAUGAUACCGAACCACCCCUGAGUUUUUUUUACUGUCAGGCAGGCGUCCGUGAAACUCUCUGUGAACAUUCAGAGAUGAUGUCUAUCUACGUCCUAGUGCUGAAUACUGAUGUUGUGAUACCACGUGGUGGUAGAGGUCUAUCUCUGAUCUCUCGUGUUCCCAUAAAUAAAGUUCAAUGCAGACUUCAUAAUUCACGUA